CUUUGCUUGGACUUUCCUUGUCUUCCUUCCUUCUAGCUUUUAGAUCUAAAAACCCAAUCCAUGGCUUAAUUGAUCUUAUAGGAACUUCUGUUUCUGGGUCUGCUUUUGUUGUUUUUGCUCUGUUUUUUGUGAGUUCAAACAGGCAAAGGAGAGUUAUGGGGUUGGUGGGUGUCCAAGAAAACGGGGGAGGGGAAAUGGGUUUGGUUUUGGGGAACAAGAAAAAGUACAAGAGGAUGGAUUCUGAGCUAUCGGAUGAUUUUGAUGAUGAUGCUUUGAAUCUUCAUCAUCAACAGCAGGAGAGGAAGAAAACUAUCAGGAAAUAUGUUCUUGCUUGUGCCAUCUUUGCAUCUUUCAACAAUGUUCUUCUUGGCUACGAUGUAGGUGUAAUGAGUGGAGCCAUUAUAUUCAUACAGGAAGAUCUGAAGAUAUCUGAGGUACAAGAAGAAGUUCUUGUUGGGAUUUUGAGCAUCAUUUCGCUUUUGGGUAGCUUAGCAGGCGGAAGGACAUCCGAUAUUAUUGGUAGAAAGUGGACAAUGGCAUUUGCAGCUGUUGUGUUUCAAAUUGGUGCAGCUAUCAUGACGCUUGCACCUUCGUUCGAAAUACUAAUGAUCGGACGAGUUUUGGCUGGGGUUGGUAUAGGCUUUGGAGUCAUGAUUGCUCCCGUCUAUAUCGCCGAGAUAUCACCUACUGUCGAUAGAGGCUCUCUUACAUCCUUCCCAGAGAUAUUCAUAAAUCUAGGAAUUUUGCUUGGUUAUGUCUCAAAUUAUGCAUUUUCCGGUCUUUCGGUUCAUACAAACUGGAGGGUGAUGCUGGCUGUUGGAAUCUUGCCUUCAGUGUUUAUAGGGGUUGCACUUUUUAUUAUACCGGAAUCACCGAGGUGGUUAGUCAUGCAGAACCGAGUUGAAGAAGCAAGAUCUGUGCUACUUAAAACAGUUGAAAACGAGAAAGAGGUGGAUGACAAGCUCACAGAAAUAGUAGCAGCGGCUGGGAUUUCUAAUGGAGAGAAGAAUGAAGAGAAAGCCGUGUGGCGUGAACUGCUCAGUCCUUCUCCACCAAUUCGUCGGAUGCUGAUCACUGGAUUUGGAAUCCAGUGUUUCCAACAAAUCACCGGAAUAGAUGCAACUGUUUAUUAUAGUCCUGAAAUCUUCAAGGAGGCUGGGAUUAAGAACAACUCUAAGCUUCUUGCUGCAACUGUUGCUGUGGGUGUUACAAAGACUGCUUUUAUAUUGAUUGCUACGUUUCUUGUUGAUAGAGUAGGGAGGAAGCCUUUGCUAUAUGUGAGCACAAUCGGGAUGACUGUUUGUUUAUUGACCUUAAGCCUUACCCUUGGCUUAGUGGGGAAUGGCCAGCUCGGAAUCGCACUGGCGAUCUUAUGUAUCUGCGGUAAUGUAGCUUUCUUUUCGGUGGGAAUGGGUCCUAUUUGCUGGAUUUUGACAUCCGAAAUCUUUCCCUUGAGGUUGCGAGCUCAAGCAUCUGCUCUCGGGGCUGUAGGUAACAGGGUAUGCAGUGGCCUUGUUGCCAUGUCGUUCCUCUCCCUCUCUCAUACAAUUACCAUUGCCGGAACCUUCUUCCUCUUUGCACUGUUCUCAGCUCUUUCUGUUCUCUUUGCUUACAAAUGUGUUCCCGAGACCAAGGGAAGAUCAUUGGAACAGAUUGAGUUACUCUUUGAAAAUCAUAAUGAAUGGCAAGGAAGUGAAGUCGAGAUGGGAGACUCCGAACAUUUAGUACAGAAAGCGUGAGUAAUCGGGGCUGCUGGUUCAUUUUCAAGGUGGAAAAAGCAGGAAUCAUAUGAAAAUUUAGUACAGAAUGUUUACUAGCUCCCCAGAUAUGCGUGAUGCUCUAUGAGUUGGUUUCCCAAAGGAGGAACCAUAGUGUCAUUUGAGGUGUAUCAUUACAGUGAGAAGCAUGUCUGAAAUUAUUUUUGCUCUCUGCAUCUUCGCAUAGAUUAUUUUUGUUUAUCUCUAGAUCCAUGAGAAUUUAGUAGUAUUCAUGUUAGACAUAUAGAUUGGAUUCUAGUCUAAUACUUCCCUGUAUCGAUAUUCAAUUUCUCCGGACAAAUCAUAAACUGAUCGAAAAGAACAUGUUUGUACCAAUCUUC